UCCGUGGAAUCUGCUACAAGGUCUUCAACAGAUUUAGUAUCUUCAGGGGAGCGACCGCGGCCUGUCGACAAGACGGCGGCACCCUUGCCAUGCCCCGAGACGCAGAGACCAACGCCUUCCUGAUCUCUCUGUACAAGCCCGUGAGAGCCAACGGGCCCUUCUGGUUCGGCCUGCACGAUCAGCGCGAAGAGGGAAGCUUUGAGUGGGUGGAUGGUUCUGCACUUGGGACCUACAACUCAUGGGCUGAAGGACAACCGGACAACAAACAUGGCAACGAAGAUUGCGUUUAUUACUCCACAAAGACCGCCUGGAUCAAGUUAAGCUGGAAAGAAAAGUGGAACGAUGCACUGUGCAACAUGAAGCAUCGUUUCAUAUGCCAGACUGUUCCAGGACGUCCUUAGGCAACCGAUGGAACUCUCACCACCACUGUACAGCGGGUCUUCGUCCAUCCGUAGCAAAACUGACCAGUAAAACUUUAAAGAGAGAGAUCUUUAUUUGCAUGUUCCCAACUGGGCUAAAUGCUGUGAUUUGGUAGUAUUACAUGGAAUACUAAAUGGUGAUAGAAGCGUAUAGUGGUGAUAGAAGCGUACAGAUGGAUAAAAACAUUUGGAGCUAUGCUAUCACAACUAUUGUUUACAUGCCUCUUUUCCCUUCUUAAAACAGGUGUAUACGAAUCAUGUGUCAUUUUAUUGUACAAUGUAGUC